UGACAAACCAUGUAGAAAUCAAUCAAUGAGCUGCAGCUAUAAGUGUGCUAAUAUUGAUGACAAAGAUACCUGUUUGUGUCCAAAAGGCCAAAAUGUUUCAUCUGAUUUGUCUACAUGCAUAGAUUGCCUUGAUGGUUACUAUGGUGACAACUGUAAAGAAAUGUGCCCAUGCAACAAAAACAAUACAAAAAACUGUGAAAAGAUCAAUGGAGUUUGUGAAUGUUUACAAGGCUGGAAGGGAAGUAACUGUGAAAUUGAUGUUGAUGAGUGCCUGGAGAAUGCAAGUCUCUGCCUGACAAAGCCAAGGUCUCAUUGUGUCAACAUUGGAGGAACUUACAAGUGUGACUGUGAUACUGGGUACAUUCAAACAACUGGCUUAAGUGGGGAACAGUGUACAGAAUGUGGCACAGGCCUGUAUGGGGAGGGCUGUACCAAACCUUGUCAAUGUGUGUCGGAGAACACAGAACAUUGCAGCAACGUUGAUGGAGCAUGCACUUGUAAACAAGGCUGGAGGGGAGAUCACUGUCAAAUAGAUAUUGAUGAGUGUGUUUUAGCUCCAAACUUGUGUGAAAUGACACCUCACACUCACUGUUUGAACACUGAUGGAUCAUUUCAAUGUGUGUGUAACACUGGGUAUAAAAAUUAUUCCCUGGUGUGUCAAGAAUGUGGAGCUGGACUGUAUGGUGAACAAUGUAGCAAGACCUGUGAUUGUGUACAUAACAACACAGAGCAAUGCAACAAUGUUGAUGGCAGCUGUAAAUGUAAACAAGGCUGGAGGGGAGAUCACUGUCAAAUACUUAUUGAUGCAUGUAAAGAUAACCCAAACCUAUGUAGUGAAAUACCAAACUCACACUGUGAAAACUCUGAUGCCACAUACACUUGUGUUUGUGAUGAAGGGUAUAUUCAGAUGGAUGGAACUCUUUGUAAAGCACAAGAAAAGUAUGAAGAAAUUUUCUCUAAACUGGUUUUUGACUUUGAUGCAUCAAAUCUUAAUUUAUCCAGUACAUUCACGGCAGAUUACAUUCACUUAAAAAGUAAUUUAGAAGUAGAGCUAACUACUACUUUGCGACACCAAAUCAGUGAAAUUGUCUCAAUAGAGGUCAUUGCAAUAAGCAUAGGCAGUUUGCAUGUUGACUUUAAAACUGUGAUGAAAUCCAAUGGUCAGAAACAUAAUGAAGUACAGUUAACCAAAGCUCUAGUGGAUCUCAUGAAAAAGAAUCAAACUCUAAUGAUAGAUAAUAAGCCUGCUACCAUAUCUAUUGUUAUUUAUGCUAAUGAUCAAUAUGACAAAAAUGAAAAGUUCUGUGACAUACGCAAGAAGUUGGAGCCUUGUCUUGCUACAGAGUUUUGUGUAGAACACAAUCAAAUAGCAAUAUGCAAAUUGAUUGAGGAAGAGAAAAAUCUUGAGAACCUGAUUGUGGGCCUGAGUGUCAGUCUGCCUCUUUUUGUACUGUUGACUAUAGCCGUAGGGGUCAUAGUCUGGUUCUGUACCAGAAGAGCUACAACACAACACCAGAAAACUGAAGAAGUUAUUGAGCUCGAUACCAUGCAUGGACUAGAAAAAUCAACAUCUGUACAGAACGCUUAUGAUUCGAUCUCUAAUGAUGAUUAUAACGUUAGGAGACUUCCCAGGGUGAGGAAUGAUCUCACACCACGACAUGGUGCAAAUUUAAAAACAUCAGCAGAAUAUUUAAGGGCAUCAAGCGGCAGAUAAUUUCAUCAUUGAAAUAAGGGAAGAUACGCCAAAAAGUCCCAAUUUUGUCUGUUUGAUAUAUUUGACCCAUUUAGAAAAAAUUAAUACUAAUAAGACUGAACAAAAUGCAAAUUAUAUACAUUUAUAUACAAAAUUACUGCAGUGCAAUAUAGGCACUAAACAUUAAACUGAAAUCAAUUAGUAGUGAUCCUUUUUAUAGCAAUGUCAACACCCAUUGCCAUCUUUUCCUUGCUAAAAUUCCGUUGGUUUGUGGUACGAACAGUGUGUGAUUUGCCCCUGUGACUUAAAGCACUACAUUUUAUUUUUAAAAAUCAGUCAUCAUAAACAUGUGUGACUUAAUUUAAUUAAAUCUAGGUCUCCAUUAUACUAAAAAUGCAAGGCUCUAUUUCAAUUUAUUUAUGGAAGUUUGAUGUAAGCUCUUUAAUGUUUACCCAACGCAAUAACCCAACUAGUUUAUCUGUAACUGUACUACAUUUUGCUUUUAAAUUUGUGAUUGUCAAUGAUUGUUUAUGAAUAAACUUUGUG